UCCAGCGCUGGGGAAACCUGCAAACCCAGGGCUGGCUGUAACUCCUCCUGUCCCUCGGUGCUGCAGGUUGGUGGCUUUGCCUGGGACAACUGUGGUGGCAGGGAACCCGUGCUGCUGAAGAGCCUCUCCGUGGCACCCGACCCCAUCAGCAUCCCGGGGAGCCUGCGCGUCAGCGUGGCCGUUAGCAGCAGCAAGACCAUGGCCUCCCCUCUGAAGGUAGUGCUGGUGGUGGAGAAGGCGCUGGGCGACCUCUGGAUCCAGCUGCCCUGCAUCGACAACCUGGGCAGCUGCACCUACGACGACAUGUGCACCAUCCUGGACAACCUCAUUCCUCCCGGCACGACCU